AUGCUCGGCCCCAAUGGAGCCGCGACGGACGAGAAUGCCGAGGGCUUUAAGGAUGACCUCAACUGCGUCGUGAUGUGUCCCGACUGCAAGGAGUACCCUCCCAACUUGGUUGAGGAGUUUUCCUCUGGCGACAUGGUGUGCGGUUCUUGCGGCCUCGUCGUCGGAGACAAGAUUAUCGACACCCGCUCAGAAUGGCGUACAUUUGCCAACGACGACCAGGGCAACGACGAUCCCUCCCGUGUCGGUGACGCCGUCAACCCCCUGCUCAACGGCUCACAGCUUGAGACCACCAUCGCAUUCGGUGAUGGUAGAGACUCUAAGCAACUUGCCCGUCUCCAGAAUAAGUCUCAGAACGACAAGGCUAGCAAAUCUCUGAUGCAGGCGUACAAGGAGAUUGGUGCCUUCUGCGAUAGUAUCAACCUGGGCAAGAACGUCUCUGAUGCGGCCAAGCACAUCUUUAAGCUGACGUACGACCACAACUUCAUGAAAGGCAAGCCGCAGGAGGCUGUCAUCGCAGGCUGCAUUUUCAUUGCGUGUCGUCAGACUGGUGUCGGCCGUACCUUCCGCGAGAUCUUCCAGGUCACCCAUGUGUCGAAGAAGGAAAUCGGCAGGGUUUUCAAGCAGCUCGAGUCUUUCCUCCAGAAGAUCAAGGAGGAGAACCCGCGUGGUGCCGGCUCUCUUUCCAAUCUGGACGGCUACAAGGCCAGCGCGUCUACCAGUGCCGAGGACCUCUGCACUCGUUUCUGCUCCAACCUCAACUUCCGCAAUGCGCAGAAGAUUGAAAACGUCUCGCGCGCGCUCGCACGCAAGACGUCGAGCGUCUCUGAGUUGGCUGGUCGUUCGCCUCUGUCCGUCGCCGCCGCCUGUAUCUAUAUGGCAUCUCACCUCAUGAAGGAAUCGAGAACCUCCAAGGAGAUUGCCUCGGUGGCAGGCGUCAGCGACGGCACCAUCAAGACAGCCUAUCGGUUCUUGUAUCAGGCUCGCGAUAGACUCAUCGAGAAGGAGUGGGGCGCGGACAAGAAGGCAAUCGAUAAUCUUCCGGUUAACUAG